AUGUCGAAGCGUGCAUCCGAUCCUGUGAAACACAGCAUGCCAGGACUUGCUCCUGUCAUUGAACAUUCUGCCAUUUCGUUCUUUCCAAAUCUCCCAUACAAACGCAUGAAGCAACAGCUGUCGAAACCAAUCCGUCCAAACACAAGGAUCAUUAAGCUCCAGCACCCAAACACUUGCUUCAGAGCAUGCGGGAAGGGGCCCACAAUGGACAGGAGUCAAGAACCUGUCCCAAAUCCUCAUUCUAAACUCACAGCUUCUGAAAAGAUGUGA